AUGCCGAACAUCAAGAUCUUCUCCGGCUCAUCCCACCCAGAGUUGGCUGCCCGCAUCUGCGACCGGCUGCAGCUCGACGUCAGCAAGGCCUCGCUGAAGAAGUUCUCGAACCGCGAAACGAAUGUGGAGAUUGGGGAAUCGGUUCGUGGCGAAGAUGUCUUCAUCAUCCAAUCGGCUUGUGGUGAAAUCAAUGACAACCUGAUGGAGCUGCUCAUCAUGAUAAACGCGUGCAAGAUAGCUUCAUCAUCUCGCGUUGCCGCCGUCAUCCCGUGCUUCCCGUACGCUCGUCAGGACAAGAAGGACAAGUCUCGUGCCCCGAUCUCGGCCAAGCUUGUCGCCAAUAUGCUGUCAGUUGCUGGCGCCGAUCACAUCAUCACGAUGGACCUCCACGCUUCACAGAUCCAGGGUUUCUUCGACAUUCCGGUGGACAACCUCUACGCCGAACCGGCCAUCCUCAAGUACAUCCGCGAGUCGAUCCCCAACUGGCAGUCGUCGGUGUACGCCUUCUGCGUCCACGGCAUCUUCUCGGGGCCCGCUCUGCAGCGCCUCAACAACUCUGCCUUCGAGGCUGUUGUCGUCACCAACACCAUCCCGCAGGAGGAGAACAUGAAGAAAUGCCCCAAGAUCCAGUGCAUCGACAUCUCUAUGAUCCUCGCCGAGGCCAUCCGCCGUGAAUGCCGUCUUCUCACCAGUGAUUUCACCGAUAUUAAGCCGAUUCUCAUCCAAUCCUUUUCCGCGUUGCAAGAGAGAGAAGUCUUGUUCAAGUACGCCCUGGACGAAUUUGCGCUGUCGAGGAAGAAUCAAAUUUUGCGAAUCUACUUGGAAGCCCUGACCCGCGGGGGGAAUGGCGGAAAGCCGAUAGAAAUGCUGAGCCACGAGCCGCUGCGCUACGUCGGGGACAUGCUGGCCUGGAUGUAUCAAGCCAUCGAAAAUGAGCGCGACCUUCUGGCGGGGCUUUUGAAAAAUUGCCGAUCUGAAGUGAAUUCUACAAUCGAUGUGCUCUCCCAGGUCUCCAGCUCGUUGUGCCGGCCUUUUAAGGUGCGUGUCGAGCAAUCGUUGGGUUCCGGGGAAGCGGAUGCGGUCACCGUCUACAAGGUCAAGGGCCUUUUCGGUUUCUACUUGUCGAAAUUUGCGACACUAACCGGUGAUACGUCCGAGCUCUGCCAAAGCAUUCGCGAGUUGCAAGAGCUGGCCACGAACAUCUUCAUGUCCGGUCUGACCACGACAGUUCAACGCAUCUUGAACCGGAUGGGCCCACCCGACUACGAUCUACUCCCAGUUCCGGCCGUCCAGCAGCUGCUCAAUUUGCUAAAAGACCUGGUAGCCACACAAUUGGCGUCCGGGCUUGACGUCGCUGUCUACACUUUGAAUUGCCUGUCUGUCAUCCAGAGCUCUGUGAUGCUGUACCAAUACACGGACGAGCGGUUGGAGAUGCUGCGCGCGUUGAUUGAAGGAAAUGAGGACGUGCUCGUCUCCGAAGAGUCUUCAGCGAUCCUCACGAAUACGUCACUCUCGGUCAUCUACCAGAAGGCAGCCGCCCAUACGACACAGCAGGGCCCAAUGUCAGCGAUCCCUGGCCUCGACGCCGCCGCCCUCGCCUCGGCCAUCAGCUCAUUCGACAACUUCUUGGCCCACGCUGACCGCUUCCGCCUGGACCUGAUUGCGCGUGUCAGCAGCACGAGAAUUCGGGAAUCCAUCGCCCAACGAACCGCGGAAAAUGUUGUGGCCGCCUAUUCGGUGAUCGUUCGCAAAAUCGAGGACCCUGCCAACGGAUACGGCGAACUACCCCACAAAACCCCCGAGGAAGUGAAAGAACUUUUGAAA